CCUACUGCGGCUCUUGCGCUCUGUUUUAUCGUAAUUCUCAAGCCUACUAGCGUAAAUUGAAUUACCAAUUUUAAUCGGAAUAAAACUAAGUUCGGAGACUUCACAGUUGUGAUUUGUGUGGAUUUUACAUUUUAACAAGACAAAUUUGUUUACCAUUUUAAUCAUUCCACAUAAACAUAACCCCACAAACGGGUUGCCGAUUUUAUUACUGACUUGUUGAUUUUAAAAAGUGUUAUAUAUCCAAAGAAGACAAUGGCAGACAGUGAUGAUGAUGAUAGUGGCGAGGGAGUGAACCUUACUGGCUUCCUUUUUGGAAAUAUUGAUGAAGCAGGACAGUUAGACAGUGAUGUUUUUGAUGAAGAUACACAAAGACAACUGGGAUCACUAGGAAAGCUUGGUUUGGGAUCAAUCCUGAAUGAUUUAAUAGCUGAGGAAAAUGACCAAGAUAAUGGAAUUGAAGAUGACAAUAAUGAUUCAACUGACAGUGAUGCAAAAACUGAUCCAAAGUUUUCCUCUGCAGUGGAUUUUUCAGACAUCAAUGAGUUGGCUGAUGAGGAAGAAGUUAAAGAUGAAAAAACUGAAACAAAUUAUGAUGCUGAUGAUGAAGGCAAACCAAAAGAUCAGGAGCUCAUGCCUCCACCACCACCUAAAACAGAAGAAUCUAAAACUGCUGAGGAAAAGAAGAAAUUGGAAACACCAUUAGCUGCUAUGUUGCCCUCAAAAUAUGCUAAUGUUAAUGUCACAGAGUUAUUUCCCGAUUUUCGACCAGGACAAGUGUUGAGAUUUUCGAGGCUAUUUGGUCCUGGAAAACCUAGCAGUUUACCUAAUAUUUGGCGCAAUGUACGGAAAAAACGCCGCAAGCGUAAAGUUAAAGAAAAUGCCACUGAACACGAUUCUGAUUCGGCAUCUGAUGAAGAUAGGCCAAAGAAUCGCGGUUGGCAUUUUGACUAUGCGCCGGCGCCAGAUAUUUCCGAAUGUAUGAGUGAUGAUGAGGAAAAAUUCAAACAAAAGCAAGAAAUCGUCGCAAUGGAUACUAAAAAGGAAAUUACCGCCAAAGAUGACACUGGUCCAAAGGUGGCUGAUUGGCGUUUUGGGCCUGCACAAAUUUGGUAUGAUAUGUUAGAAGUGCCUGAUAAUGCAGAUGAUUUUAAUUAUGGUUUCAAAACUAAGGAGAAAUCUGACCGAAUGGAGCUAGUUGAAAUAAAACGAGAUGUAGAGGAUGAGUUUCCCGAUGAUUCAUUUUUAAUGGUUACACAAUUGCAUUGGGAGGAUGAUGUCGUAUGGGAUGGGAAUGAUAUUAAACAUAAGGUCCUUCAAAAGCUAAAUUCCAAGAGUAACGCAGCCGGCUGGGUGCCCAGCAGUGGAAAUCGAACAGCGCAGGCCUUCAGUCAACCUGGGAAAGGCGGAGCGAUUGCUGGCCCACCUGGUAGAGUUCCACCAUUACCAGCUCCGCCAUUACCUGGAGCGAAAGUGUCAAAAGGACAAAUGAUACUUAGCAAACAGCGCAUGGAAGCUGAACAGGACGAUACGUGGUACUCAAUCUUCCCAGUAGAAAAUGAGGAUUUAGUUUACGGACUUUGGGAGAACGACGUUAUUUGGGACGCUGAAAAAAUGACCAGUAUCCCGAAACCAUCGAUUUUAACGCUGGAUCCAAAUGAUGAGAAUAUAAUCCUUGGCAUACCGGAUGAUAUAGAUCCAUCCAAACAAAUUGCAGGCCAAACGCCGAUGCCAAAAGUUAAAAUCCCUCAUCCACACGUUAAAAAAUCAAAAAUUCUGCUUGGUAAAGCAGGUGUGAUUAAUGUGCUACAGGAAGAUACACCACCGCCCGCUCCUAAGUCUCCCGAUCGUGAUCCGUUUAAUAUUUCAAAUGAUAUUUACUACAUGCCUCGAUCAACUGAAACUACAUUGCGUCUUAAAGUAGGUGGGGGUAAUCUCAUCCAACACUCAACUCCUGUUGUGGAAUUGCGCGUGCCAUUCAUACAAACUCACAUGGGACCGAUGCGUUUGCGGAAUUUCCAUCGGCCGCUAAUGAAACGUUUCUCGCAUGGUGCGCUGGCGCAUCCCGGACCGCAUCCCAUUUCAGCGCUAAUAAAAUACAUCAAAAAGAAGGCAAAGCAACGAGAGGCCGAGCGAAUGGCGUCGGGAGGUGGAGACGUGUUCUUUAUGCGCACGCCUGAAGAUCUUACAGGACGAGAUGGCGAUUUAAUAUUAUUGGAGUUCUGUGAAGAACAUCCUCCUUUGAUGAAUCAAGUGGGAAUGUGUUCUAAGAUUAAAAAUUAUUACAAACGCAAAGCUGGGAAGGAUCAUGGUCCUCCACAGUACAAAUAUGGUGAGACUGCAUAUGCGCACACAUCUCCAUUUUUGGGAAUCCUUACCCCGGGACAAUCUAUUCAAGCCGUGGAGAACAACAUGUAUCGCGCACCUAUUUAUGAGCAUAAAAUGAACAAUACUGAUUUUGUAAUUAUCCGAACAAGAAAUCAGUAUUACGUUCGUGAGGUGGAUGCGUUGUUUUUGGCCGGUCAACAGUGCCCGCUUUAUGAAGUGCCUGGUCCAAAUUCGAAACGAGCGAAUAAUUUCGUACGUGAUUUUCUGCAAGUUUUUAUUUACCGACUAUUCUGGAAAAGCAAAGAUACUCCGCGACGUAUUAAAAUGGACGACAUUAAGCGCGCUUUUCCAUCACACUCGGAAAGCAGCAUUCGAAAGCGUUUGAAACUGUGUGCAGAUUUUAAACGUACGGGUAUGGACUCCAAUUGGUGGGUGAUUAAACCUGAAUUUCGUCUGCCAUCAGAAGAAGAAAUUCGCGCGAUGGUGUCACCUGAGCAAUGCUGUGCGUAUUUCAGUAUGAUUGCUGCGGAACAACGUCUGAAAGAUGCCGGUUAUGGGGAGAAAUUCUUGUUUACGCCGGCUGAAGAUGACGACGAGGAAAUGCAGUUAAAGAUGGACGAUGAAAUUAAAGUUGCCCCAUGGAAUACCACUCGCGCUUAUAUUCAAGCGAUGAAGUCAAAGUGUUUAUUGCAAUUGACUGGUCCUGCGGACCCUACUGGAUGUGGGGAAGGCUUCAGUUAUAUUCGAGUACCCAAUAAACCUACGCAAAGUAAAGAAGAACAAGAAUCUCAACCCAAACGUACUGUCACAGGUACAGACGCUGAUUUGCGUCGGUUAUCAUUAAAUAAUGCCAAAGCCUUGUUGCGUAAGUUUGGUGUGCCUGAAGAGGAAAUCAAAAAGUUAUCGCGUUGGGAAGUAAUCGACGUUGUACGAACUUUAUCUACUGAAAAAGCAAAGGCUGGCGAGGAAGGUAUGGAUAAGUUUUCGAGAGGCAAUCGUUUUUCGAUAGCGGAACACCAAGAACGGUACAAAGAGGAAUGUCAACGAAUCUUUGAUUUGCAAAAUCGUGUGCUUGCAAGUUCCGAAGUUCUCAGUACAGACGAGGGAGAAUCUUCGGACGAAGAUUCCGAUGAAGAUAUUGAAGAGAUGGGCAAAAAUAUCGAAAAUAUGUUAUCUAAUAAAAAGACAAGCACUCAGUUGUCUCUCGAGCGGGAAGAACAAGAACGUCAAGAAUUACGCAAAAUGAUUAUGGAAGAAGACAAAAAGGGUAAAGAUAAGAAAGAUAAAGAUGAUGAUAAUCCAGAUGGUGGUUAUAAUCAACAAGGACGCGUGUUGAAAAUUUUCCGUACCUUCAGAAAUCAUGAAGGAAAAGAAUUUACGCGUAUAGAGUAUGUAAGAAAAGCGGCUGUUAUAGACGCUUAUGUCAAAAUUAGAACUACCAAGGAUGAACAGUUUAUUCGUCAAUUUGCUACUCUUGACGAAGCACAGAAGGAAGAGAUGAAAAGAGAGAAACGUCGUAUUCAAGAACAAUUGCGACGCAUUAAGCGCAAUCAGGAGAGAGAAAGACUUGCCAUGGGUCACAGUUCCAACUCCAGUAUUAAACAUAGAGAUCCAACGGCCAUUUUGGAGAAGCCGACGACCUUAGAAGAAGCUCCCAUUGUUGCACCCUCAUCUCCAUUGGCAAACAUUCCAAAGACGUCUUCUAAUUCUCCGCCGAAACACAAAAACAGAAAGGUUAAGCUGAAGCCAGAUUUGAAGCUGAAAUGUGGCGCGUGUGGUAAUGUAGGUCAUAUGAGAACCAACAAAGCUUGUCCAUUAUAUCAAAAUUCAAUGGCUGGUGGCGGAUCCAUGAACACAUCACUAUCGGAGGACCAAGACGAUGACAUGGAAAAACAAGUACACACUACGGAUGACGAGGAUUUGGUAAACGUUGAUGGGACGAAAGUCAAGCUAUCGAAACGUUUGCUUUCUGUUUCCAAGGACGCAUUCGGGAAGAAGCGCAAACGCCCGCCAACGGACAUCCACUGCGAUUAUCUGAAGAAGCAUAGCAAGCCCGCAAAUCGAAGACGUACGGAUCCUGUGGUUGUGUUAUCUACUAUCCUCGAGAAUAUUCUGAACGAAUUGCGCGAUAUGCCAGAUGUACAACCAUUCCUGUUUCCUGUGAAUCCUAAGCUCGUUCCUGAUUACAAUCGAAUCAUUCAGAGGCCAAUGGACUUGCAAAGUAUAAGGGAAAAUUUGAGACAGAAACGAUACCAGAGCAGAGAAGAAUUCCUUGCGGAUGUAAAUCAAAUUGUUGAAAAUUCAACGCUCUACAACGGCCCGAAGAGCAGCUUGACUAUAAUCGCGCAGCGAAUGCUCCAGAAAUGUGUGGAGCGGCUCGGUGAGAAGGAAGAAAGAUUGAUGAGGCUAGAGAAAGUAAUUAAUCCAUUGCUGGACGAUAAUGAUCAAGUUGCUCUUACGUUUAUUUUGGAUAAUGUGGUAAACGCUAAGUUGAAGACCAUGUCCGAAUCGUGGCCGUUCUUGAAACCUGUUAAUAAGAAGCAAGUCAAGGAUUAUUACAAUGUUAUCAAGAGGCCAAUGGAUUUAGAUACUAUUUCACAGAAAGUUGCAGCUCAUAAAUAUCACAGUCGUCAUGAGUUUCUGGUGGAUGUAACACAAAUUUUGGAAAAUUGUACGUUGUACAAUGGAAAGGACUCGUCAUUUACGCAGAAGGCCGAACAAUUGGUGGCUGUGUGUAAAGCUACAUUAGAUGAGUAUGAUGAACAUCUAACUCAAUUGGAGAACAAAAUUUCACUGGCACAAGAACGCGCACACGAGGAUGAUGAUUUAGCGUGGAUGGGCGUUGAUGAAGAAAAUUAUACAAUUGCUGAACCGGAUAGACAGAGUUAUGCCAGUUCGCCGGAUCGCAGCUUCCAAAACAAAACAUACGAAGAAUUGGAUUAUGUGGACGUGGAAGGUGGUAUGAAUUCAGGUAUGCAUGAUGAUGCGCAUCCAUUUAGAAAGAUUGGAAAGUCGCCUCGUACCAAAAAGCGUUCCGGAGAAGUUGGCACACUUGAGCAGGAUCUGCAAUUCUCCAGUGAAGAAGAACUGGAUGAAGUGCCGCUACACGAGUUCGAAGACAAUAAACAGGGCAUUCUGAUUUCGGCGGAGAUGCCUGUGGAAGGAACGGCUGAUGAUGACAGCCAACAAGUUGCCGAGGCAAUGGUGCAACUUGGUACAAUGGGUUAUUACCAGACUGAAAAUGAAGCCGAUGGAACCGCUGAGCACCUAAUGUUCAAAGAAGAGAGUAUGGAUGUGGAUCCGGAUUACGACCCUUCAGAAUUCUUACUAUCCGGUUACAAUCCGAUGAGAAUCAAGGAAGAGCCAGAUCCACAACAGAAAGAACUCAAAAUCGACGAUGAUCUCGCAAUCAGUGAAAGCGACGAUGAGUUGCAAAACAUUGAUAAUCCUAGCAACAUUCAACAACAAUUCACAUCGCAAGCGCCUGAUGACGGUGAUGACGACGGCAUUUGGUUCUAAUUGAAAUCUUAACUCUGUUUCAUGUAUAUUCAUUUAUUGAUAUUUUAAAGAAAAUAUAUCGCAUAGCUAGUUAUACCGAA